UUCGUUCUUUCAGUUCUCUAGUGGCCGGUUUGAGAAGGACUGCUAUCGGAGUAAAACAGUUUUUGUUCGCAAAUCUUUUCAUUAGCGCUUGCGCUCCACAUUUAGAACAAGAAUUUGCGUCGCUAACGACUAACAAUGUCGUAUUGCACGCGAAUUAUCAGUGUACAGAAAUUCGCUAUCUUUGCAACAGACAUCCAACAAAGAUGCUUCAGUGCAAGUCCUUUAAGCUUUGGUGCUGCCAAAGUAGCUAUGUCAAAAUUCGAUAAAACAAACUACUUACCAUAUGAAAAAUUAGAAGACACUCUCAAGAUCGUUAAAAAAAGAUUAAACCGGCCAUUGACAUUAUCUGAAAAAAUAUUAUACUCUCAUCUUGAUGAACCCGAUAAACAAGACAUUGUGCGUGGUACAAGUUAUCUUAGAUUACGCCCAGAUCGUGUUGCAAUGCAAGAUGCUACUGCACAGAUGGCCAUGUUGCAAUUCAUUAGUUCUGGUUUACCAAAAGUAGCAGUCCCAUCAACCAUUCAUUGUGAUCACUUAAUUGAAGCUCAGAUUGGUGGUGUAGAAGAUUUAAAACGAGCAAAGGAUCUCAACAAAGAGGUCUACAACUUUUUAAAAACAGCUGGUGCUAAAUAUGGAGUUGGUUUUUGGAAUCCUGGUUCGGGUAUCAUUCAUCAGAUUAUUUUGGAGAAUUAUGCCUUUCCUGGACUUUUAAUGAUCGGUACUGAUUCUCAUACACCAAAUGGAGGCGGUUUGGGAUGCCUAUGUAUAGGCGUGGGUGGUGCUGAUGCUGUUGAUGUAAUGGCAAAUAUACCAUGGGAAUUAAAAUGUCCUAAGGUUAUUGGAGUUAAAUUGACAGGAAAUUUAAAAGGAUGGACCAGUCCAAAGGAUAUUAUCUUAAAGGUAGCUGGUAUCCUCACUGUUAAAGGAGGUACAGGUGCCAUCGUCGAAUAUUUCGGACCUGGUGUCGACAGUAUCAGCUGUACUGGAAUGGCUACAAUUUGUAACAUGGGUGCUGAGAUUGGAGCUACUACGUCUGUGUUCCCUUAUAAUUAUCGUAUGCAAGAUUAUCUUAAAGCAACGGGUCGUGGUGAAAUAGCCAAAGAAGCCGAUAAAUACAAAGAAAAACUUCUGACUGCUGAUUCAGGCGCUAAUUAUGAUCAGAUUGUCGAAUUGGAUCUUUCCACCUUAGAACCUCAUGUUAAUGGACCAUUUACACCUGAUCUUGCUCAUCCUAUUUCUAAAUUGGGUGAAACUGCUAAACAGAACGGUUGGCCCAAUGAAAUUAAAGUUGGUCUUAUCGGCUCCUGCACAAAUAGUUCAUACGAAGAUAUGGGUCGUUGUGCUAAUAUUGCUAAACAAGCUAUAAAACACGGAUUGAAAGCAAAAUCUGCAUUCAAUGUCACACCAGGAUCCGAACAAAUUCGUGCUACAAUAGAACGCGAUGGAAUUGCAAAGAUUCUUCGCGACUUUGGUGGCACCGUACUUGCUAAUGCUUGCGGACCUUGUAUUGGACAAUGGGAUCGCAAGGACAUUAAAAAAGGAGAUAAGAAUACUAUUGUUACAUCUUAUAAUCGUAAUUUUACAGGACGUAAUGAUGCCAAUCCUGCUACUCAUGCAUUUGUUACAAGUCCAGAACUCGUCACUGCCCUGUCUAUUGCUGGUAGAUUAGACUUUAAUCCAGUGAAAGAUAAAUUGAAAGGAAAGGAUGGCAAAGAAUUUCUUUUGGAUGAUCCUUUCGGCGAUGAACUUCCCAACCGUGGAUUUGACCCUGGCUUAGACACAUAUGAUGCACCUCCCUCAGAUGGUAGCAAAGUAAAAGUUGAUGUAGAUGUAAAAAGUCAAAGAUUACAAUUACUAGAACCAUUUGACAAAUGGGAUGGCAAAGAUCUUUCAGACAUGACAAUCCUUAUUAAAGUAAAAGGAAAAUGCACCACUGAUCAUAUUUCAGCAGCAGGACCUUGGUUAAAAUAUCGUGGUCAUUUGGACAACAUUUCCAACAAUAUGUUCAUUGGAGCUGUCAAUUCGGAAAACGGUGAAAUGAAUAAAAUAAAAAAUCAAUUAACGGGUGAAUGGGGUGCAGUGCCUGAUGUAGCAAGGCAUUAUAAGAAAAACGGAGUUAAAUGGGUCGCUGUAGGUGAUGAAAACUACGGUGAGGGAUCUUCUCGCGAACAUGCUGCACUUGAACCACGCCAUUUAGGAGGUCGCGCUAUUAUCGUAAAAAGUUUCGCACGUAUUCACGAAACGAAUUUGAAAAAACAGGGAUUACUUCCUUUAACAUUUGCUAAUCCAAGCGAUUACGAUAAAAUACAACCUACAGACAAAGUCACUCUUCUUGGUCUAAAAGAUUUAGCUCCUGGCAAGUCUGUGAAAGCCGAAAUCAAGCACAAAGAUGGAAAAGUUGAUGUAAUUAGUUUAAAUCAUACAAUGAACGAACAACAAAUAGAUUGGUUCAAAGCUGGUUCCGCUUUGAAUCGUAUGAAAGAAAUUGCUGCGGGAAAAUAAGAUCAUUAUUUUCUUCUAAGAAAAAGCGAAUAUAAAGCGUCAAGUGGAGAAACGUACAUAAUUUUAAUUAGUUACGGGUAGAUCGUUUGUAAGCCGCUCGAAAAUUGUUCAAUUUUGCAACAUUAUUGUUUUCAUAGGCUUACUUCCAUUAUAAUUGUUUCAGAAAAUUUACGCAAUGAUCAUGCAACAUUUCGACUUCACUAAUGUAGAAAUGUACAACUUAAUUGUUACUUCCAUUUUCAGGAUACUUUAAAGCUUAGAAUGAAUUAUUAAUCAAUCUGAUCCGUAGAUACUAAGCAAAUGUAUCUAUAGAAUUUUAUUUUGGGGCCGGGGGGAGGGGGGAAGAUAGGAUGAUCAAUAGAUUUUUUUUCAUAGUCAUUUCGUGCAUCGAAGUUCUCUGCUUCUCGUCGGGUAAAGGAUAGUGUUAAUAAUAUUAGUCAUUGGAAUGUAAUUUUGAAGUGUCAAAAGAUUUAUUUUAAAUCACGUACGUCAUGAUAGAUCGUCUAUGUCAUAUAGAUCUCUUUAUCCGACAAGUUAUUAUGUACAUAUUAUUCACAAAGACGUAGUUCUAUUGUCCAUAUAAAAUUAUUUAAGUACGAAUUAUAUAAAUUAUAUGGUUAUUGACUGACUUGAAGAAAGAAAAAAAUAUGUAAAAUUGUUGUCAACGAUGAAAGGGCAAAUAAAAUACUCGACAUCAUUUUAA